AUGACAGAGGGCUAUGCUGGACAUCGAUUUAUUGUUUCUGCAUCCAAUCAACCGCCUUUCAUCUUUAGAAGAAUAAAAUCAGAUUUAGAUGGCGGGAAUCCGAAAGUAGUGUGGGAUGGAGUAGAAAUGAGACUUUUGGAACUUCUUGCUCAGAGAAAUAAUUUUUCCAUCGAGAUUUCUGAACCUCAGGAGCCUCAAUUAGGUGCCGGUGACGCAGUUGUGAAGGAAUUGGCAAUGGGUCGUGCCGAUAUUGGAGUUGCUGGGAUGUAUUUGACAAGUGAAAGAAUUAAAGCUCUAGACGUGUCCUUUUCCCAUUCUUAUGAUUGUGCUGCUUUUAUCACAUUAAUGUCUACAGCUUUGCCACGGUUUGGUUUUUAUUAAUUCAUUAAACGUAUAUGUUACGGUUAAAGAUCAAAAUCACUCAUUGAGCAAAAAAUAGUACACAACACGUUGUGGCAAUCGCAGAAUACUUACAUAGCGAAAUCCGUGUUGUCGCUGACAUGCUAUUCGACCUCAACACGUUGUGGUAAUCAAGCACAGUCACGACGCUUUUUGAGCAUUUACUGGUUUCACUAGCUCUUUCAUUUUAUAAUGUUCGUGAGUUGUUUGUCAUACUCUAACCUAAUCAAAUAUGCUAACCUAACCUAAUCAAAUAUGGUUCAAGACGCGUCAUGGUUGUUCUUCAUAGCCACAACUCGAUUUCGCUAUGUAUUUUACUGUGACAACAAAGCGUUGUGAACUUUUUCGCUCAAACAGCGAUUUCAGUCUUUAAGCGUAAUAUAUGUACAAAGUCACGGCAUCGCUAUACAGACAUAUUUAUUUUACAGAUAUCGAGCUAUACUUGAUCGUGGUGGAUGGGAAAGAUGGUUUUUAAAUUCAUCAGAUGAUAAAACAAAUAAGCUUUUCAAGAAAAUAGAAUUUGUUUCUAAUGUACAAGCUGGCAUUAGAAAUACUACAAAAGCAUUCUUCUGGCCUUAUGCAUUUUUGGGUUCGAAAGCUGAAUUGGAAUAUAUCGUCCAAGCUAAUUUCACAAAGUCGACGUCUAAAAGAGCAGUAUUGCACAUUUCCAAUGAAUGUUUUGUACCAUUCGGUGUGUCCAUGAGUUUCCCAAAUAAUUCAUUGUAUUCAGCCAAGUUAAGCGCCGAUUUGAGAAGAAUGUACCAGACUGGUAUCAUAGAUAAGAUAGUAGACGAAGUACGUUGGGAAAUGCAACGGAGUAGCACAGGAAAACUGCUUUCUGCUGGAUCUGGAGGUAUCAGAAUAGUAUCUGUUGAAGAAAAGGGUUUAACUUUAGAGGAUACACAAGGAAUGUUUCUUCUCUUGGGUGCUGGGUUUUUAUUUGCAGCAACUGCACUUAUUUCUGAAUGGAUGGGUGGUAUAACUAGAAGAUGCCGUUUGCCAAAGAGAAUACCAUCUAGUGCCAACUCACAAAAUCAGUUAUUACCUCCCCUCGACAUAGAAAAUGACGUAGACAUGGUCACAGACGGAACUGAAAGCAGAUUGGAUUUUGAAACUAGGUCCUCAAUGGCGGGUUCAGUAGAAACCCUAGACGGUCAAAUCAUCAAUGUGACUAAAGAAAACAUCAUAGUUCAUAACAGUGCAGACUUUGACAGAUGGGAUUCGAGACGGUCCAGCUCGGUGGAUUUGGAUCGAGAAGUGCAGGAAAUUUUUGAUAGAGAUCUGAGAAGGCGCAAGGUUAUAGCUGAUGAUAUCGAUGAAGUUUCCGAAGAAAAUAGAGAACCAACCGUUUCAAAAGGAGCAUUCGGUGAACCUGUUAUGUCUUAA